CAUUCUUAAGGUAACUAAUUUCACUAUAAUUCACUAUCUGAACAGCACACGGAGUCUUGGCAUUUCUUUAAAUAUGUUCGUCAAACCUUUCAGGGUAAAAUCCAACACCUCCAUCAAAGGUUCCGAUAGGAGGAAAUUGAGAAAUGAUGUUGCAGCAGGAUUUCCCACCCUAACUUCUGAACAACUGGCUGAAGUUGUGCCAAUGAAAGAGGAAUUGAAUAUUAUUAAAAUAUAUACUCAUAAAGGAGAAAUUGUCACAGUCUAUGCCAAUGGCAAAAAUCCUAUCCUUUUUGAAAUGGAGAAAAUGCUAUAUCCAACAGUGUAUACUCUGUGGUCUUAUCCCCACCUUCUUCCUGCCUUUUCUACUUGGCCACCUGUGAUGCACAAAUUAGUAGGAGGAGCAGACUUAAUGCUUCCAGGAGUUAUAAUUCCCAAAUGUGGUCUUCCCCAGAUAAAUCGAGGUACUCUCUGUGCUGUUACCUUGGUGGAAAACAGAGCCCCUGUGGCCAUUGGAACAGCUAUUAUGACAACUGCUGAGAUGGUAGCAGCUGGAAUGAAAGGAAAGGGUUUCACAGUGCUGCACACUUACAUGGAUCACCUAUGGGCAAUUGGUGACAAAUCAAGGCCACCUACAAUACCCCCCUUAGAAAUAGAACCUUCAGAGAUGGUAGCUGGAGAAGAGGAGGAACAGAAGAACGAAGAAGGGGAAACACCUCAAAGCAGCCUCUCUCUUGAUCCAUCCUUGCAGAUGGACAUUGAACAUCUCAACUUAGAGGAAGACAUUUCGUGUAGUAUCAUGGGUGAAAAAGAGGAACUCGGUCAAAACGAUGCUGCUGAAAAGACUGAAGAGAACGAACCAAAUAUUUCUCAGGAGAUGGAAGAUAACAGAAGUCCACAAGAGCAAAUGGACGCCCUGCUUUAUCAGUGUUUCUUUCAUGCCUUAAAAUGUAAAGUGAAGAAGUCAGAGCUCCCUCUGCUGACCAGUACAUUUUUGCGUAACUAUAUGUUUUCCUGCUGUCCAAAAGAUCAACAACUGGAUAUAAAGAAAUCUAGCUACAAAAAGUUCUCAAAAUUUUUGCAGUCAAUGCAACAGCAGAAGAUUCUCCAGGUGAAAGAAUUGAGUAAGGGUGUGGAAAGUAUUGUGGAAGUAAAUUGGAAACACGAAAGCAUUAGAUCCUUCAUUGUACCUGAAACUGCAGCAUCAGAAAUGUCUGUCGAAGACUGUAAAAGUGAUGACCAAGAACAACUGUACCAUCCUCCUGAAAUUAUACCACUUUAUGGAAUCUCAUCAAAGAUGGCCCCAUUGUUUCAAGAGUCUGGAUAUAAGAAAGGCCAUACCCUCUCCAGCAGUGAAGUGAGAAGUGUGAUAAUCAGCUAUGUGAAGGCUAAUGAAUUGGUUGAUGAAAUAAACAAAAACUUUGUAAAGGUAAAUCCAAUUUUGUGUGACUGUCUGUUGGACAAAGCAGAGCAAGAUGAAAUCUCAAAACUCAAGUGGGAUGAUCUCCUCAGCAGGUGUCUAAACAGACUAGAACCCUUCCAUCAGGUAACCUUUUGGGGACAAGCACCUGUUGUGAGAAAAGGAAAUAUUCUUCCAAUUGAUGUAACCGUAGCACAGAGAUCAGCCAAUAAAAAGGUAACAAUAAUCAAGAAUCUUGAGUGGUAUGGUUUGGACCCUCAGGCUGUUGCUAGUACCCUUCAGCAAAAGGUUCAAGCUAGCGCCACUAUUGUCGCAAUCCCUGGAGCAAAGGACAGAUCACAAGUCCAGAUACAGGGCAAUCAGAUCAAUCAUCUUGCUAAACUGCUCUUAGAGGACUACCAGAUACCUAGCAGUUAUAUCCAAGGUCUUAAGAAAGCACCAAAAAUGGGGCGGAAAAAGUAGCCAAGCCUGUACCUCAGAUUAAGAGUAUGUUAUAAAUAUAUUAUUCAGUGAAACUGAAUCCAAAUGCCUUAUAAAUAAACUAUUUUUAUUUAAUAGAUAAAAUAAAGACUUUUCCCAGA